GAGAACCUGCUCUCCACUGAGGGAGAACCCUCUCUCCACCAGAGGACACGCAUUCUCCAGCCGCUGUCAUGGAGAAGAGCUGCUCGGAGUGCUCAGAGUCCCGGCUCGCCCAGAGCCUCUGCACAUUCUGCAACAAGUGGCUGUGUUACCAGUGCACCGACAUGCACCAGCACCAGAGACCCGUCACCACCUCCCAGUACAGCGAUGUGCACCAGCAGCCCAGGCCUGCCACUGCCCAGCACCCCGAUGUGCACCCCAGAGCACCAGGGUCCCUGCCCUCGAGUGAACAAGGCCCGGGCUCGUACCCUCGCUCCCUGCUCAUGUGCCACUCCCACAGACAGGAGCCCUUGGAGCUCUUCUGUGAGUCCUGUGACCUCCUGUGCUGCAGCAGCUGCCACCUGUCCGCCCACUCGAACCACAGGUUAGUGCGUGUCGGGAAGGCCCUGCAGGACCAGCACUGGCUGUUUGAUGGUCUGACGGCACAGAUGGAAGAGAGGAGGUCUGCUGUGGAGAACACAGCCAAGCAGAUAGAAGACAGGCUCCAUGGAGUCAAGACCAUGCAGAGGAGGGCUGAGAACCAGAUUAAGAUGGCGAAGAUGAUAAUGAUGAAUGAGCUUAACAAACGGGCCAACCUAUUAAUAGAGAAACUGGAGAAGAUCUCAGAAGACUUCCAGCGCUGUCUGGAGGACCAGCUGCAGGGGGCAAUAGAGAUGUGUGGACAGCUGGACCACAUGCAGAAGUUCAUCACCUGGGCCACAACCCAGCAUCACAGGAGCCCAGUGCUCUUCAGCAAGGCGAUGAUUUCCCUCCAGAUACAACAACUGCUCGAACCAUCGCUGUACUCAGACUCAUGGGCGCCGCUGAAGAUCAGAUUCAACUGGGACGCCAGCUACUGGACUCAGCAGAUUUCUUCCUUCGGUCAGCUUGCGGUGGAGGGAGGAACCUACUCAUUUCCAGAAGGUGUGGCCUGCCACAGCAUCCUUAGACCGCAGCCUAUCAGCUGCUUAGCCUUACCUCCUGUGUGUCCGAAAGGGCGGGAGCAGAACUGUGGCUACCAGCCAUGCUGUCAGCCCCAGAUAUGCUGCCUUCAUGGACUUCCCCCUCAGCCAGACCUGCCUGGUAUGGACAAAACCCACCUGGAAGCUACACCUUACAGUUCAAGCUAUGUUCAGCCUGCCGUGACCUCCGCCUCUCUGCACCAGAGCCAUCAGCUGCAGAGAUGCUGGGCACCAGAGAGCUCCCUGACCCUUCAGUGUCCCCCUCCUUCAUCACCUCCUCAAACUGCAGGACCCAUAUCUGUCUCUCCCAGCAGUCAUGGAUCUAUGUCCCAGCCACAACCCACUACGUCCCAGCCGCAGUCCCAGCCUAAGUCCUACCCCUAUCACCAACAUCAAAUGGAAAAUCACACAAAUGCAGACAUCGUCCGGCCAAGUCAGGACCAAAUCCAGGGCCAAUGUCAGGACACGCUGCUGGCCAGCGACGCUCAGUUACAGCAUCUGGGGCAGACGGCUCUGGACAAAGGUGUGGUUACUCAGGAGAACUGGGCCCAGGGGUGGAAAGGAGAGCACACCCAUGGACAAAAAGUUGCGCUGGGGGGCAGCAGGGUGCGGAAUGGGGGGCAGCAGUAUGAGGGCAAGGAGCAGACUCCGGUCCAGCAGCCAUUUCACGUCUCUCCAACAGCCGAGCCAGGGCUACUUAAAGAUCAGCAAGAGGCCAGACCUCCGCUGUCACUCAGAAACCACAGAGACGGCAAGAGAUCCACAUCCCUGGAGAUGUCUGUGACAGCCCGCCAGCUUGGAGCUGAUGCUCAGAGCAGCCGACUGGGCUCUGGCUCGGCGUGUGGGAGGAGGAGGAGCCGCUCCCAGAGCAUCCCAGCAGAACUGGCAGCCGCCUCCUCCACCAGCUUCUCCGCUGAAAGGUUCUCGGGGUGUGCCCGCAGCCUGGAAACACGAUCCAUGGAUAAGUGUGGCACCGUGGAUCCAAGGCAAAGGAGGGCUUCAGAUGGAGUGGUCCACAGUGCUGCCUGGAUAACCUCCCCAUCCACACCCCCAACCAGAGGCCAGUCCUCCCCAUCUACACCCCUGACCAGAGGCCAGUCCUCCCCAUCCGCACCCCUGACCAGAGGCCAGUCCUCCCCAUCCACACCCUCGAGCAGAGGCCAGUCCACACUGUCUCUCUCCCCACUGCUACACUACAAGAAAGAGCCAGAUAAUGCUUAUGGCUGUGCAAACAAAAAGGCUGAGUACAAGGCCAAGGAGAAAUACAACAUAUCGAGAAAGACCCAAGAUGACAGCGAGACGGAGGGUCACAGGGAUUCAGGAAGUCUCAGAGUUCCGGUGGUUUGCUUGGAGCGGCUCAAAAUCCUGGUGUCCCGACUUCCUCCUCAUGGACGACGGCAGAGUGACCCUUUACCUGCCACUGGACUGGAGAGGAGCUGCGCUUUCCCACACCAGGGAGCUUGGGGAGAAAGGAGGACAGAUGGGAUUGCUGGCGGCUCUGGGACUGUGAGGACUACACUGUCAUUCACAACACGCCCAUAUGCAGAGGGGCAAAACCUGAGUCAAUCAACCAUGCCCCCAGCUACCAGUGAGUUCCAUAGCCAAAGCAAGCAAAAAUGUCGGCAAGAAUUUUCAUCACAAGAUCUGUCAGCUGACCCCAAAUAUGUGCCUCUGCUUUACUCUGCACUGGAUCUCGACUCUGACUCAGAUCCCAGGUCAGUCUCUGAACUAGAACUUGUCUCUGAACCUGAUCUGGGGUUGGACGAACAACUAGAAUCAGAUUCACAGCUAGAAUCUAACACACAACUGGAUUCAUUGUCUGAGGCUGAGUGUGAAUCAGUGGCCAAUGAGGAACUGGUGGCACUAGGGCAGAUGAAGCCCUCUGAAGAAGCUGACACUAUAGGGGAAUCCGAACCUAGUGUCGAAUAUGAGGUGGACCCAGAAUUGGAUGCAGGGGAGGGACCAGGCUUCAAUGAACAGCUGGAUGCCGAUUCAGAAUCAGGCAACGCCGAAGAGUCAGAAGUCCAGGCUGACUCUGAUUCUUGUUUCCAGGCUGAACCUGAUUCUGAUAUUCUCUCUGAUCCACCCCCAGAUGUGGAAUCAGAGCCAGAUUUAGAAUCUGAACCUGAUCCAAUGACUGAUGAACCGCAACCACUUCGUUCUGACCAGGAAGAGGAGGCCCUCGCUGGUCCGGGUCAGAGGCCUCUUCUGAUUGCAAACCCUGGCCUGCAGAGAGGAUAUAAGGGGCCUGCAGAGGCUCAGCCGGACCAAGGCUGUGAUGAAAUGGAGAGUGAGGACUAUUGUGCUGUGUGUCUGAUCGGAGGGAACCUGCUGUGCUGUGACCGCUGUCCCAAAGUCUUCCACCUGUCUUGCCAUAUACCCCCUCUACUUAGCUUCCCAGUGGGUGACUGGGUGUGCACCAUGUGUAGAGACGUCACACAUCCUGAGAUGGAGUAUGACUAUGAGAAUCAGAGAACGUCCGGGGAACACAAACCAGCUCAUGGACUCUUACCAUGUGACCAAAGAAGGUGUGAGCGACUGACUCUUCUGAUCCUCAGUAACAUACUGAGCUCUCCUUUCCACGAGCCCGUCAGUCCCCUGGCUCGACAUUACUACCAGAUCAUCAAAAGGCCCAUGGACCUGUCUGUGAUCAGGGCCAGACUCAACAAGGACAACACACGCCAUUAUGGUUCUCCAGACGAGUUUGUCGCUGAUGUUUAUCUCAUGUUCAGAAAUUGUGCAAAGUUCAACUAUCCUGACUCUGAGGUUGCUCAAGCAGGCCGCAACCUGGAGGCAUUCUUCAGUUCCAAGCUGAAGGAGGUCUUCCCUGACAGAGUGUUCCCCAUGGCAGAGGAGGACUCAGACAGUGAUGAGUACGACGAGGUGUACAGGAGCUCAGAGAGCGGCUUUCCCUGGCCGGGGAGGAGGGAGCAGUGCCACCGCAAGAGGAAGAGGAGACACUCUCUCAGCUCCAGGAGACAUCACUUCUAAGCUAGGUUGAAGGAUCCAAGACUGUAUCUGUAUCUGAACCCUGCCUACACCCUUUGUUGGCCUUCCUGUAGGCAGGGCUG